AUGAGCGAAGAUUUAUACUUCUGUUAUGAGUCUCUGAAUAAGUCUUGCCCGAAGAUCAUCUAUCCAACAGUGAUACGGGUUCUGCUGCAUAUUUUCUAUAUGGUCGUUAUUGUUAUAACUUUGUGUGGAAACCUCCUUGUCAUCAUAUCCAUUGCUCACUUCAGACAGCUGCACACUCCAACCAACUACCUCAUCCUCUCUCUGGCAGUGACUGACUUCCUUAUGGGAGGCUUCAUCAUGCCUCCUUAUAUGGUACAUAUUAUUGAAUCAUGCUGGUAUUUUGGAGAUGUGUUCUAUCGAUAUUAUGCAGUUUGUCAACCCCUCCACUACCAAACCAAGAUCACCACUUGUGCCGCAGUGAUCAUGAUCUUAGUCUGCUGGAGUGUUUCUGUCUGUGUUGGGUUUGGGAUGAUAUUUCUUGAACUCAACAUUUUGGGCAUUGAAGAUUUUUAUUAUGAAAAUGUUGCUUGUGUAGGAGGCUGUAUUCUAUUCCAGUCUCAGGCAUCAAGUUCAAUAUCUUCCAUUCUCUCUUUUUACAUCCCUGGGUUCAUUAUGAUGGUCAUAUAUCAGAAGAUUUUCCAUGUUGCACAGAAGCAAGCCCAGUCUAUUCACAUUGCCUGUAACAAUGUGCACUCUGAAAACAGCACACCAUCAAGCAACAAGGAGCGAAAGGCUACAAAGACCCUGGCAAUUGUAAUGGGGAUAUUCUUGUCAUUCUAUGCACCCUUUUUUAUGUGUAACCUAAUUAAUCCAUUCAUUAAUUAUUCCAUUCCAGUUGUGUUACUUGAAAUACUUUUCUGUAUUACCUAUUUAAAUUCAACAUGUAAUCCUGUUAUUUAUGGUUUCUACUAUAGUUGGUUUAGGAAAGCAUUCAAAAUUAUUAUUUUUGGUAAAGUAUUUCAAGCUGAUUCCUCAAGUGCAAAUUUGUCCACAGAGUAA